CUUGGUAGAGGCUGAUAGUAGCCCUCUUUUAGGCACUCUUGGAGGUCAAGAUAGUGGAUCUAUCAAUGAGAAGAUCAAGGAUUUCAAUUACCUCAAAUUAGGUCUAAUUAUGGAUCGAGUUGCCAUAGGUACUUAUAUGAGUUAUCAUUGGCUUGCUCCAGAGAUAAGGGCACAAGUUGAAGCAAUAACUAUCAAUUGGGAAGUAGAACUUGAUGAUGAUGAACUUGAAAGAUUUCAAGCAGUCAUUGAAAAGAUCAAAUUAAAGAGGGCUUUAGUAGAGCGAUUAAAUAUCACAUGUGAAUGGUGUGGAUUUGAUCAUUUCAGUCAUGAUUGCUUAUUUAAACGAUAUAAUUUGCUCAACUUAGUUGCUGAAAAAAUACAAGGUGAGUUACCUAGUGCAACAAUGAAACAUCAAGAAGAAGAGGAAAACACCUUAUCUUUGGAGAUUGGAGGACAACUUGGAGAAGUAGAAAGCAUACCUGCAGAAACUAAACAAGAGGAUGUCUCUAAGGAAGAAGAGGAAAGAGCUCAAGUGUCAAUUGAAGUGUUCAAUGCGGAGUCUCCAUUAGUUAAAUUUGAUUUUAAUGAAUAUUUUCUUGUUGAUAUGGUUGAUGAGAUUUUGCAGGAAAACACUUACAAGGAUCCACUUAAGAUUUAUCUUAUUCAAGCAAAGGAGCCAAUCAAAGAAUACGUAAAUUGCUUGAACACAUCCUCAUCUUACUUGGAAUCAAAGGGGGCAAUCCUAGAAGAAUUGGGAAGGCGCAUUUGCUGGCCUAAACCCAAACCACCACAAAAUAGUAUGUGGAGAAAAUCUUAUGGUGGAUUCAACUUAAGGGCAAAAAAGCCAAGAUUUCAGAAAACGAGAGAACAUGCCCUACGACCUGAUCCAAAACCACCUUGGAGUGGUAGAAAGUCUAGCUAAUGACUUUAAAUUAAGCGCUUCUUGGGAGGCAACCCAAGCAUAAAAUUUUCGUUUCUGUUAUUUAUUUUUCUUUUAUUAGUUUAGGUCUCAUGUUAAUUUAUUUUCUUUUUAUGGCCCAAGUUAAUGCAUUAAUGUGGAGAAAUUCACAUUUCACUAAGAGGUAAAUUUAUUUGAUUAGUUGAGUAUUUUGGUUUAUAAAUUGUUGUUCUUUUA